AUGGACGAGAUCGCACUGCUGCAGCAGCAAUUGGCCGCUGUCCAGCAGCAGGAGACGGCGCUGAAGCUGUCGGAACACAACGUUAUUGAUCUUUUGCUUAAGCUGAAGCAAUUGGGGAAGCUUGAAGUGAUCCACACGCGUACUGGGAAGCAGUUUCUGACGCUACUUCAGAUCCAGAAGGAGAUCAUUGACUACGUGGCGCUUCAAGGUGGACGUAUGAGCCUUACGGAUCUGGAGAAGAUUAUUGAAGUGGAUCGUACGCACAUAGAAAAGCAGGUGGCGGCGCUCUGUAGAGAAAACAGGGGUCACAAGGAUUCAUACCACGUGGUAAACAACGGCGAGGAGCUGCUCACGAGCUGGUACCUCGACAGUAUCAUGGAGGACACAAAUGUGCUACUACAAGAUAGCGGUACUACAAGUAUGGGAGAUCUGGCUCAGCAGUAUGGCUUUUCUGUAGACUACAUGAGAGAUGUGGUGCGCACAAGACUCGGAAGUCUUUUAAAGGCGCGAGAAAGGGAUAAUGUAUUGUACACGGACUCAUACGAGACAGCGCAAAAGGCGCGUAUACGAGGUGUCUUUGCUGGUGUGACACGCCCUGUAUUUGUACCUGAUGUGGUAUGGUCUUUUGGCUUUGAUGAGGCUGUGGCUAAUGAAGCACUGACAGAGCUGAUGCAGACAAAAGUAUUGAUGGGUACAUUGAGAGGACGUGAGUAUGUGCCUUAUAUUUUCAUGGAAGCUCAGAGGGAAAGCAUGUACUCAUUCUUUCAACAGAAUGGAUACUUAGAGAAUGUGAGAGCCAAAGAGUUACAAGUUGCUCGACCCUUUGACUUUCUAAAGAGGAGGUUCCCGGAUGCCGUACCUCUGCAAGAAUGUGUGGUGAGCCGUGCUAUGCAGCUGCAGCUUGAAGGAGCUGUGGAAGCAGCAGUGAAUGAAAACUCGCUGGUGGAUGUACGUAUGCUACUACCAAGUGCUCUGUCGGCAGGAGAUGUUGCAAUGUUGCUGGGUAUGUCGCCGACACUGAAAAAAAUGGGUCAUGCACCCAGGGCGUACCAAAUUGCAAAUGUUUAUGCUGUUAGUUUAGGUUUGUUUGCUUCUUGUGUGGAAAAAUUUGAGGAAGAUGCCAUGACAAAGGCUGCUUGUGCUGCAGCCCAGCAGAAAAGCAGUGGCAUAAAGGUUAGUUUGCACGAAAAUCGACAAGAGAUUGAUAAAGGCGAUGAUUUAGGCGCUAGCAGUAAGCACGGCAAAAAAGGAAAGCGUGGAACGGGUGACAAUAAGCGCGAGCAGGAAGAAACUGGAGGGCAGGGUGGAAAAACGAGAAAAGCUAAGAAGAGUAAACGUGGAUCGAAGCGCGGUGAAGAAGCUGGUGACGACGAUGAUAGACCUGCAACUGCUGAGGCUUCGAUUGUGCCUACGCGUGAGGAGAUGACUGAGCUCUUUAUUAGAUGGUUUCCGGUCGUUGCGGAACUGGAAGGCGAUGACGAUUUUAUUGACGGUAUGGUAGAACAUUUAGAAAGUAAGGCCGCCGAAGUGUACUCAACCGCACUGGCCAAGGCACUGUCUAGCAUUCUACGAGGAGAUGCUGCAUCACUGCGGGAGCUGCGCAAGACGUUUGAAGACCGAUUCGAUGAACAAUAUACAAAGUUACUUGUUCUGUCAAAGGGAUACAACAAGCUAUCGAUGCGUGUGGACGCCAAGGAUGUAUCCAGCAUGGAGCAGCUAGCUGUCGUAGAAGUACAUUUGCUCGAGACCUUUGCCGUAGAGCUUACAGCUUUGAUCACAAGAUUCAUUGCCGAGAGCAACAGUUUUGAACUGGAAGACCUAUCGAUCUUGCCAUCUCCUAGUGGCAGCGAGGAUAGUAUGGGUAAGGUUCCAAGUGGUGCGGUGAUAAUCUUGAGCGACGAAAACAAGAGAAUACUCGAGUCGAGUCUUCCACAUUCAACUGCAAGUAAUCUGGUGCGGUUAUGGACGCUGGCUACCGCUGGCCGUCGGUCACUGAGCGAUUUCAUGGCACAUGUGUCGGUUUUAGCAGAGGCUCUAUGCAUGCCGCUUCCGAAGUUGGAUCGCAAGAAAGAGCGACAAGUCAUAUUUGGCUACCGACAGUCACUAAUUGCAGAACUCGACGAGGUGGUGGCACUUGCGAUUGAGAGCAGUCAGCAACAUGCUUUAGUAGCAACCUUGAUUCUGCAACUUUUCUUCCAGCAGCUAACUGGGCUUCCCGGUAGUUUUCCACGUCACAGUAUAUCGUAUGGUAGAAUAGUGCUGAACGCAUUUCAAGACUCAGUACCUGAAAAGUCAAUGUUUCUCUUUCAGGUGUUUGUCCAGCUGGCAAGUGCGAUGAGCACUGGCGAAGAAGUUACCGAAGAGCAAAAGAGCGCGUGGAGUGAAAGUCUGGAUGCUGUGCAUGCAUUGGUUCUUUCAAAAAACCCGAACUUUGUAGAAUGA